AUGGCGGCGCCUAACCCGAACCAGCCAGUGUUGAACGCGACGACCAGAGUCGUAGAACUUCAGGGAUAUUAUCAACAGAAGUACCAUUACUAUAGGAAUGUGAUAUCCCAAUUCACUGUAAACCACAGGGACCGGCUACGCAAUGUCGCAGUUCCUAGUCGCGCCCCCUUUAGGACUGCACGGAACCAAAUAGGCUUUGAGGACCUGGAGCGUCAAGCUCGGAACGCUGUGACAGACGAGUACAAGACCGCUUACAGCCUAAUGCGGUCGUCAUUCCGCUAUUUCCAAUGUCUUGGUUGGGGAGGUGACGGCAUUGUCUCACUAUGGAGGUAUUCGCCGGGGCGUGGGCAGGAGCAUGAUGUGGUGAUGAAGAUGUCUGUCCAGUGGGAGUAUGUCCCGUGGAGCAGGGUAAAAGCCCGGGUGGUCCCGGGGGAAAUUCCUAAAGAGAGGGACAUGAUAACUCAACUCGGACGAUCGCCUCACAUUGUACAUCGAUUCUACACAGCACACCAUCCCAGGGCGAAUCCAAAUCCUGGGUCAAUGAGAUCUACCCGUAAGUCUGCUGCCGUGGCAGAUAUGGCAGAUAAAAUCGACGGACACCAAGGCAGCUGGUUCCUGAUGGAAUACUGUAAGUUCGGCAACUUGGAGGCUCAACUUCGGAAAGCAGCCAGAGACAUGCCCAAUAAUACGGAGAGAUACUUGCCAGAGUCCGUCCUCUGGCGCUUCUUCGACUGCUUGACGAAGGCCUGCAUGGCGAUGGAAGAGCCCCCAAGGUUAAAUCCAGCCAAUGGAGCAGUUCCUGCACCCACACAAGGGGGCUACCUCCCCGAGGUGCUCACUCCUGGCAACGUAGGACGGCAAGGGAUAGCGCAUAUGGACCUUAUUGGGGACUUUGGCUUCGCUCAGAAUGAGGCCAACGCCUGGGCCCCCGCAUGUCUGUCAGGGCAAGGGCCAGCAACGGCUGCCGACUACCGGCGACGUGAGCAGAGAUGGCGCGCAAGAGAUGACGGCAAAAUUCUUUAUGCACUUCCGGAACAAUUCGGCAAGGAUUGGGACAGAAUACCUUGCGGGCAGGACCCUUCCGAUGGCCAGCAGCAACCAUAUUGGAUGCAGCCCUGGAUGCCAGCUUGGAUGCAGGCUUGGGCACCACCUCCGCCCAUCACAACGGGCCCCGGAAGAUACAGUUCUGCGUCUAAUGUGUGGCAGAUAGCAAUGAUCAUCAAGGUUUGCAUGACGCUGAUGGAUCCGGAUCAACCACCUUACGCAGGAAGGAUGGCAAGCCAGGAGCCACCCAAUUCAACACCAGACCAAGAGCGCUGGACAUAUGGGUGGUCGUUACUCGACCCGGCCGAACCGUGGGCCGCCCAGUACCAACAAUCCUUGAUCGACCUAGUGGCGAGAUGCCUCAUGGCGAAACAAGAACAUCGUCCUACGCUACAACAGAUACAGACAGUGAUCACGCAGGAAUUGACUUUGCCGGCUAAUCAGAAUGUUCCAGCGUACUGGACAAAUACGUUCUUUCGCGAACCUCGACCACCAAAACCACCUGAAGACACAGAGGACCUUAGCGACAUAGACCCGUUCCGGGACUUCAGGACAGGAAGAGCUCUGUAA